GUGUCACUACGUGACAGUGGAUUUUGAGUGGGAGAAGUGGGGGAGCGGCGCGAGGAAGAAAAUGGCCGACGAGGCUACGGUAAAAGGGCAGGGACGUCGUGCGAGGUGCGCGCUGCGCGACGCAAGAUCGUCAGUUUCGCGAUAGACCGCGCGAAAAAGGGCCGUGAUACUACCGCCGGGGAAGGCCUACCGCCAUUGUUCGCGGUCGCGCGUCUCGUCGAGAAAUCUCGCGAUCGUAUAUCAGGACUCGCGGUGCCCGUUCCUCGCUGGUGCCGUCGUCGCUCAGCGCGCCCACCAAUCGCUCACGGGCGCCGCGAUUCGCCGUUUAAAAAAAAAGCGUUCGCGGGCCGAGUUUAGCCGACGGAAGGGCUCGCCAGAGAGGUAAACACGACACCCCCGUUUACACUGGCGCCUCCGCCUGAUCUCCGCCGUUCUUCCCGUCCCGUCCCGUUUUCAGUUCUCCCGCGUUCUCUCCUCGUUGCUAAAGCGUGUGCGUGUGUUGUUCGCGAUCGCGUCGCCGCGCCGACCGCGCGCGAUCGCCGUCUGUGAAGAUUCUCUCCGCGUGCGACGAUUGAGAUCGAUCAGCAGGUUGAUAAAGUCAGCUUGCGAACUGUAUCGCGAUUAAUAAAAUCUACAAUGGCAGUUAGGUAGUUGUAAUUAAUAUUGGACAUUCGCGAACUUCGAGCAUAUUUAUAUUUAUUUUGAAGAUGUAAAAAAUACAAUCAUAAUGAAGCCACAGAAGAAGGGUGUUGUUGCCAAAAAGGCAACUAAAAUGCCAACAGUCGCCAAGAAACGUCGCACAUUUACAGAAAAGACCAUGCUGGAUGUAAAAAAGGAGAAGAAAUCAAAGAAAAAUGAUAAGCUGGAAGAUCCAAAGAGAAAAACGGAUAAUGAUAAGAAGAAAUUAGAAAAGGCCGAGGAGAGGAAAAAAUUGGAUGACAAAAAGAAACUUAUAGAGGAGAAAAAGAAGGAACGAUUUGAUAAAUUAGAUGAAAAGAAAAAACAAGUGAAUAAGGAUAAUGAAAAGAAAUCUGAUAAAAUUGACGAGAGGAAGGCAGAAAAAAGAGAUGAUAAAGUUAACGAAGAGAUGAGCCAAGAAAAUACGGAUAAGAAAAAAUUACAAAGAUGUGAAGAGAAAGCAAAAUUGGAAAAACAAUCUGCGGAUAAUAAAAAGAAAAUUGAGAAAACUGAGGACAAGAAGAAGAAUGUUAAAUUGGACGAUAAUAUAAAUACCGAGGAUAAUGUCAAAUCUUUAAAUACAUUGGAAGAUAAGGAAGCACUUGAAAAUAAAAUUGAUACUCUCCCUGCCCCGGCUAAGAAAAGGAGUAAAGAUGAGAAGAAGAAAGAUGUCAAGUUAAUUAAAUCUGAUAUUAAAUCAAUAUCGAAGAAUUCCAUCGUGAAGGAUAAAAAGUCUGAACGUAAAAAAAUUUCUGAGAAGGAUUUGGCAAGCAAUAAGAUUUCUAAGACGAAGAAAGAUUCCAAAACAAAACAAAAUCAGAAAAAAGGUAUUACGAGAAAAACAGUUUUGACAAAGAAGCCUCAUUUAUCGGUAGUUAAGAGACUGGUGGACAAGAAGAUCAAGUUAGUCAAGCCAGUGAAAGAUGAAAAAAUGAGCGAAGAUGAAGAUGCAGUCAAGAAAGUGAAGAAGAAGAGUAGUAACUUGGCUAAGAGUAAGACUUUGCAAGAGAAAAAACCAAAGCUGGCGAAACACAUGAAAGCCAAAUUGCCUCAGAAGCAUUCGAAGAUCAGUGCUGUUCUAAAAAGGGAAGACAAGUUGAAAACUAUAACGGAGAAGAUUAUGACCAAGAAGAAAAUUGAAUUGAAAGAGUUUGACCAAGUUUCAACCGAACAUAAAAAGAUCGCGAACAAAAACGAGACUUGUCAAGGACCAGAAGUGAGCAGCAUUAAAAGCGAAAUUGAAGAAGACAAGGAUUCCGAUAAGUGCAAAGAGGAGAAUCUUCAACCAAAAUUACAGGAUAAUAAGAAAGCUAUCAAAAGUGGUAACAAAAUUAGCAGCAAAGCCCCAAAGAAGACUGGGAAAACAAUAAGGGUACAAACGGAGAGCAAUAAUCAAACGUCAGUUUUAUCUGAAGAUACAUCUACCGAAGAAUCCAAUAAACAAUCCAAAAUUUCGGAAGAUAACGCGAAGUCUAUCACGAAUUCCAAGCAGGAACAAAUCGGCGCUCAGAAUACGGUUGAAUUAAAUUUAAAGGUUGAGGCAAUGAAUGGUGAGAAUGUCAGUGGCGUUACAUCUCAAUCUGAUUCUGAGGAUGAUUCUGACGAAGAGUAUUCUGACAAGAAGAAUAAGCAAAAGGAUAGCAAGAAUAAAGAGAGGGCUAACUCACCAUCGGAUGAACGUGCGCGACGAAUGCGACUUUUUGGCUUUUGGAGUGGACCAAAACGACACAGGGUCGCAUCAUUGAAUGCCUUGGCUAAAGUUCACUGCCUCUAUGAAAAUGAGACCGGCGGAGUUUAUCUUGGUGGUUUUUGCAAACCGAAACCCGAAAAGGAGAAGGAGAAAGAGAAAGAGAAACCGAAGAAAAUGAAAGAGGAAAAAGAAGAGCAGCCACGUAAAGAAAAAGAGAAGAAAGUUGAAUGCAAAACGGAGGAGAACGUCUUGAAAAGAAAACUAAGAAAUGUGCCCGGACUGCGUGGCAAACAUUGGGAUAUGCCGGGGAGUUCGUCAUCUUCAUCCUCAUCCGAUGAAGACUGCGAGAAGGAAAAGAAUGCUGAACCAAGCAAGAAGAAAAUGAUCAAAAGGAGGAAGAGAAACGAGGAAGUAAUGGACUUGAAGGAUAUGGUUGUUUGCAAGAGGAUGGCCAGUCUUAAUGCCACUGCCAUUUUGGCUGCUUCCUACUCCGAUGAGAAAAAUCGUUGUGGUAGCAGCACCAGUGAUUCCUCCUCCAGUGAAUCGGAAGUAGAGAUAAUUAAAAGACGUAGACAGCAUGACUCAGACGAUAAGAAGAAGUCAAGACAAGGCUCCGAUCCGGACGAGGUUAUUAAGCCAUCUAAGAAAGUUGUCAUCGUUAACCAGGACACUGAUGUCACUAUCACUGGUGUCUACGUCAAUCAAACUCGAUCUACUCAUCACGAAGGGUAUUGCAGUAUUGCUGGUAUGCAGUACAGAAUCAGUUCUACCAGUCAUACUCAAACUGCAGCUACCGCGGUGGCUACUGAACUUCACGAUCAGCAAAAAAUGGAACAACCUUGCAAGUCCUACACCCCACUCGGUGCAUUAUCUUCUAUGCAGCCACCAGGUAGCCAGGGUAAUCAUCCUAACAUGUCACCUCGCAGGCAUUCAGCAUUCUCGACCCCUCAACACGGGUAUUAUCAGCCGGCUGGUCCACUGAUACAGCACCCACCACCACCACCACCAACCUUACCACCCAUUAAGGGCCCACCUCCAGAACCGACACCCACGCCUCCUCAAAACUCAGAGGGUUCGGACGACCUGGUCGCCACUUCCACAACUUCGGGAGGCACAAGCAGUACGGGUGGAGGCUUUUAUAGGACAUAUUGUCCGCAGUACUACGGCACGCCGCAGUAUCCGGAUCUGUGUUAUCCGCCGACGUAUCCUCAUCCUCACCCUCAUCCGCCGCAUUUCUACAAAUACCCGCCCACUUACAGAAGGCAAUACUAUGGCUAUCAAGAGUCCGGUGGGGGUGGUGGACCGCCGCCAGGCAGCGGUGCUGCUGGAGGUGGCCCUGGAGUCGUUGAUUACCAGCCACCUCCGCCACCGCCAGGCGAAUAUCCGCUACCCUAUUACGGGGGAUAUCCUCCGCCCCCCCAUCCGCCGCCGCCACCUCCGAAUCCAGCAUAUCUGCAUUCUCAGGGAAGACCUUUCGUAGACCCCUUUCAGGGUUGUCCAUGCCCGAUGCAAUCGUGUCCAAAAAACGUGGAUACUGGGGCCCUUAUUGGUAAUGGUAAGGGAGCGCCAGUGGUAUCGGGGCCCGGUCUGUCAUUGCCACCCAGUGCUAUGGUAGGUCCGCCCUCGCCGGCGAGGGGGCUAGCCGGGCUAGCUCCCCCUCCCGGUGCCAAUGCCUGGGAUACGGAUCGCGUCCAAAUCAACACUCAUCGCAACCUAAAUCAGAACCAACCCCCCUCGGUCCCGCCGUCACACAAUCUAGUCGGUGGGCAUAGUCGCCUUCAAAACCAAGACUGUAGGAGUAAGGACGAGCAAAAUUGUACAGAGGAUACAUUGAGGAAAUGCGGUUGUCAGAACGCGUGUACGUCCACUUGCGAGGUCAAGAUGGAAACGCUAUCGCCCACUGAGAAACUGUCCGUGACAGCGAGCUGUCCCAGCAGCAAGUAUCACAAUUUCAAGUUGGAGAACAACAAUGUCAAAUGCGAAUCCUGCAGUAUGGAGAUUGACGGGUUGCCGUGCGUCGCCAAUUGCAACGUCGUCAAGUGCGAGUCGGAUUACAAGUGCGAUAUCAUGAAGUGCGAGCAGUGCAUGAAGGAGGGACAGAUAGCGAUAUUGGAGAUGGACAAGGAUUCUGGUAUCGUGCUGGACGACAAGCUCGACGGCGAUCCUGACGUGAAGGAGGAACUGGACGUAGUGGUGAUCGACAGCGAUGAGAACUGGAAAAAGCCUGAUUACGAGCCGACCGUACAAGAGACCGUUGACGAUAAGGAGGAGGAGGAGGAGGAAGAGGAUGAGGGCGAAAUGGAGGAAGAAGUCAUGCAGGGAUCGAUUGUGACCAAGGUCGAAGCUGAAACUGAGGAACAGCCCAAGUGCCAAAAGGUGACGAAGAGGAAGCUUUCGCUGGAUAGCUUAUCGGAUAGUAGAAAGAAGAGGAAACUUAGUAAAAGGGCUUUAUCGGUGGGCUCGUCCCAAGAUGCGAAUAACGAGGAAUUGACCAAUGUCAUUGCGAUCGAGCCACUACCGAAUAAAGCCGAUAGCGUAAGAACGGAAACGACUACCUCGAAGAAGAAGCAAACGAAGAAGGACGUAGGACCCCGAGGCCAAAAGCGCAAAGCGGAGACGCCGAGUGCGAAUGAGAGCGCGACUAAAAAGGUAAAGAGCGGCAAGCAGAGCAUCGUGAAUUGCUUAAAACGAACCGCCAGUGAUAUUUCAAUAAUGGAGACUAUCAAUGAUGUGAUACAGCAGAGUCUACAGAUGACGCAGAGGAAAGAUCGCAAAAGCAAAAACUGUGAACGCGUCGAAAAGAAGAAGAAGAACGUCAAAGAGGAAUCAUUGCCGACGACGAAGAAGCCCGCGAAGAAAAUCGAUCAGGUGAAGGAGCACACUAUUGAAAAAGUGUCAAAGGCUGUUUCGAAGAAUGGUCAAGCCAAAAGUAAAACGGACGCGAAGCCUCCGAAACUGAAGGCUUCUCAAGAUGCUAAGGUCAAGGUUUGUAAAAGCAAAAUUGGCAAAAUCAUGGAGACGAAGGCGCAGGAUAUAAAGUCUAGGUCGCAGGAUUCAAAAGCGCGGGACAGUUCGAAGAAGCGUGAUAUCUUGUCCAAGACCAAAGCGAGUGAUGUGAGUGAAGAUCCGAAAAAGUCAGCUGUAAUUAAGAAGAAGCGGAAGACAGCAGUAAAGAAGGUGGCAAACGCCAAGAAGUCGGGCUGUAAAGUGGAGAAUUCCUCGCUUGGAAAUGAGAGUCUGACGUUAACGAGAAAAACGUUCCUGAAACCGAAGUGGAACAAUGGAUGGAGCUGGGAGGGAGAGCCCUUUGAAGCCAAAGUUUAUCUAACGAAUGAAGAAACAGCUAUACGGCGAUGUUACGCGAGUAUGAAUCACGAGAGCGGUGACGUAUUGCGGCCUCGGGACUGCGUAUUGCUGAGAAGUGGUACGCGAAAGGGUGAUUUGCCGUAUGUUGCGAAGAUUGCGGCGCUGUGGGAGAAUCCGGACGACGGCGAAAUGAUGUUCUCGUUGCUGUGGUACUACAGACCUGAGCACACAGAACAGGGACGGACGCCACACGAUAGCGAAGACGAGGUAUUUGCUUCGCGUCAUCGGGACGCAAACAGUGUCGCUUGCAUAGAAGACAAAUGUUAUAUCCUAACGUUUAACGAAUACUGUCGGUAUCGUAAAAACUUACGGAGAAUCGAAGAGGGCUUAGAAAAUCCUGGCUUGAUAGUUCCGCCAGGGGACCAAGUGUAUCCAAGAGAGAAUCGACAGCCUCCUAUACCAGUACCAUCAGACAUGGUGCUUUUCUGCCGACGUGUUUACGACUAUCGCGGGAAGAAACUCGUGAAGAACCCUGGAUGACUCGAAUUCUUGUAAGAUGCAAACCGAGGAAGCUUGGGUCACACAUUGAAACUGGCCGCAGGUCUCCUUUCAAGCAUAAUUACGCUGUUGAUCGAUUUAUCUUGAUUUCGAGGGGUGACGAGAUCCAAUUGUUUUUGUAACGAAUUAUCAAUACCAUGAAUACACAUAUCCACACACACACACACACACACACACACACACACACACACACACACACACAC